CCCAGCCUACGCUGCCCGCUGAGUCCGCUUGUUGUCGACUCAUUAGCACCGUCAGCUCCCUUGACACUGAUCUUCCUAGUCUACAACAUCAAUUUCGCCUCGCUUUACUCGGUCCUAGCUGCAACUGGUCUGCAGCAACCUCGCUCGCUCUGGACAUUGCAAUUCCGUGUUGAAUAACCGCCGGUGCCGCCAGGAGCCUCACCUGCGACAUCACACACGACAUGCGCUUGUUACUCCCUACCACUCUGCUCAUGGCUUCCCUGCUAGUCGCUUCAGCUCGAGCCAGCUCUGCCCCAGGCUCACCCAUCCGCUUCGAGGACCUCGGCUAUCCGUAUACUGGAGCACAGAUUCCCGCGGGGGCGAUAUCCAAGGGACCAGAUGGUGAGGUCAAUGUCAAAUUCCCUCGACAGCCUGGGACUACUUCUAGCAAUACGGCCUGGAUGCCCGGAUGGCUGGCGAAAGCGAGGCGGGAGGAGCGCACGAAAGCACUGCAAUCUGAGAUGGCCAUUGAAGAGGGUCCCUCACCAUCUUCCGCUCGAAAGAAGAAAGGGUUUAUGGGCAGAGCCAAGGAUGGACUGAAGAACACAUUUCGAAGAAAGGGAAAGGGAAAGCACUCCACAAGGUCCUAGGGUGCAGGGUGCAGAGAGGGACGAAGGACCUCAUGCAUGGCCAAAGAUGUCGGCCCAGCCAGAGGCUCUCGUCCCAGUCCAUUUGGGAGGUUCGCAUAGUCCGAAGACCUUAGCUUCGGCGCGCAUAUCUCCUCUUUAGCAACAAUGCAGACCUUUGCUUUGUGAUACAUUG